AUCAGGAUCAGGACAAGGACAGGACACGGCCUACGUAGAAGCGGUUCAUGGCGGCAGGAUUGCCCUGCUGCAACAGGAGAUCUGAUCUCUGCUUUGGGGGGGGGAAGUUGUCUGGAGAGAGAGAGAGUGGUUCGAGGUGCGGAAACGGGCUGGUCAACAGAGCUUCCGACUCGUGAAUUCUCCCACCGCUAAGCGCUUGCCAACACACACAUCUGCGACUUUCGACUUUCGCAUUGCAGCCUCCAUGCAGCGCGUGCCACGAUGGAAUAGGUCAGAUCUGACUGUAACUCAUCCGCUGACUGGCUCUGGCUUCGCUCCAUCGAACGAACCGAUCAGGGCUGAUUCUCUACCGCCAGUUUCAUCGCUCACCGGCGGGGUUGUUUCGUCCCUCGGCCGCUUGUUCUCCCUCCGCAUUUGCUUGCGAUCCCCGACAAGCACAGCGCUUAUACGGCCUUGCGACUGCGCUCCUGCAAUCCUCCCGCGGAUGUUUCGAUGAGAUGGACGCCAGGUCAGACAGGUCUUUGACCCACCACGAGGGCUAUCGACUGUCCUCCUCCCUUCCCCAGCAGAGCUGGGCGCGGCCCUCUGCCUCGUACCCCUCCCCCGCCGCUGCGGCGCCUGUCUCGUCCCCAGCUCGUCCUCGCAACACUCCGGCCGUCGAUGAAUCGACUCUGGCCCAUCGUACCACUGCUCUGCGCCAACUGAAUGGCACUCCAAAGCCUCUCUCGCGAAACCAUCGGCAGAACAGAUCCAUUGGCAGCCGGUCGACGUUGGCAUCCCAGCCAGUCCUGGUCCGCUCCUACUCGGGCGAGGCCGAUGAUAAUAAAACACGACCAUCGUCCUCAACCAUGGCUUCAGGCCCAUUCUCCUUCACAAGCGGCUCGAGGGGUCAGCAAACUCCGCCGGAGUUGCCUUCGGUCCAGGACUUCAGCAUUGAAGGCAUUCUCAGUGCCAUUGAGCCUGAUAUUCGGAGCACACUCGACUCCAUAGCGGAAAUCUGCGGACGCAGCAAGCUGAGUCUGGCGAACGAAUAUGGAAGUCAUAUUGCUCCCUUGGGUGAGAUUCGUGCUCAGCCUGGAGGCCUGGUGACUGUGGAGGAGGCCAGUUCCAGCAGUGAAAGACUAGCUGAUGACAAUGUGGUCAUUGUGGACGAUGAUACUAGCUUCUUGGACGGUCGAAAUAAUUACUCGCAUCCUGCCUACGGCUUCCUGGAAAACCUCAGGAAUACGGCACAUGCCAUGGGAUACCAGGCCAACAUGCCCCCUUCCGUGGGAGACACGGCCUCUAUGCAAGCUCAGCCAGAUACUCCCAGGUCUGUAGCAAUCGCAGAUCCAGUACUUGAUAUGGAUACGCAGGCUCAGCCAGUGCAGGUCACACAUGAGCACUCACCCCAUUCAAGAGCUAGUAGCCGUGCGCUUCUGCGGAACCGUAGAGCAGCGGCACAGAGUCAACUGGGUGACAUUUUGACACCAGCGGUCGUAUCUGAGGUACACAUUGAUGUUCGUGCCAAUCAGCCGACUUGGCCGCUGACACCUCCUGCUACUCCCGGUGUUCCUCAUCACGAUGGCGUUGAUAGUGAUAGCCAUGCACUUGUACCGGAACAUGACUGUUCGCAGGAUGCUAUGGACAAACGGUCCCUGCUUGCGGAUUUACAAGGACUGCUAUCUUGGCUGAAGAACUACGCACAAGGAAAACCUUCCAGUGCCGCCGAGGCGCCUCUGCACUCCGCGGAGACCAGUUUGCGUGCCAUGCUCCAGCGGCAUGACCUGCAUGAAAAUGGCCAGCAUGCUACAACAUAUUCUCACUGAGAAGAGGACCAACAACCCUCAAACUCGAAAUGAUUAUAUCUCAUGUUAUAUCAUCCUUCCUACAGUGUUUGAUUCGUGAUAGGAUCUCUUUGGCACCUUUAUUGGAGCUCUCCAUUGAAGUUGAUACGAUAGUAUAUAUGGCCGGCCAUCUUUUUUUUUACACCUCUAGUCAUGUCUAUGACUUAAUGCUUAUGACUGAACGAAUAUUCUACGACACGUGCAGCACACGAGGGAAAAAUACUGGAACGGAUUGCUUUUCUGUUUACUCUCAUCUCAUGAGCUAUGACCUAAUGAGCCUGAUAUACGAUCUACUCUAAUAUAUUUUGCAUAUUUCACAGCUAGCCUUGAACAUAGAACUUACCGGACACGCUACAUUCAUUGUAAAUUUCACGAUAGUAAGGUAGUUGAAUUCAUUUAGCAA